GGCGUAGAGAGGCGGAGCGAUGGUUUUCCGUCCGGACGCGAUCUUGCAUCAGCCUGUGAGAGGAGUCGGAUAGACGCGGCAGAGUGAAGUAGAAGGAGGGAGCGGGAUGGCGGCAGCCGGCGGGGAGCCCACUUCCAACUACAGUUUCAUUCUGAGCAUUAGUGAAGAGGAAGCCAGGCUGAAGGCUUUGGACAAGUACCUCAGCACUCGUAGUUAUAUCCAGGGGUUCACAUUUUCACAUGCAGAUGUGGAAGUAUUCAGACAGUUUUCAAGGCCACCUAUGGACCAGCAUUUCCAUAUUGUUCGGUGGUACAGGCACAUAGAAGCAAUCUAUGGUGGCAGCAAUGAAAAAAUUGAACCUUGUAAACUUCAAACAAGUAAAGGCAAACGUACACAGCCCCACUGGUCUUCCCCAGAAGGAACAAAACAGUCUAAACUCUGUCUCUACAAUAGCCUUACUCGCAACAAGGAUGUAUUUCAGCCCCAGAAUGGCAAAAAAGUGACAUGGUAUUGCUGUGGCCCAACAGUAUAUGAUGCUUCUCACAUGGGACAUGCCAGGUCAUACAUCUCAUUUGAUAUCCUGAGAAAAGUGUUGAGGGAUUACUUUAAAUAUGAUGUCUUCUACUGUAUAAAUAUUACAGAUAUUGAUGAUAAGAUCAUCAAGAGAGCAAGACAAAAUUAUCUUUUUGAACAAUAUAGAGAGAAGAAGCCACCUGCAGUCCAGCUAUUUGAAGAUGUUCGAAUUGCUUCAAAGCCUUUUUCAGCUGUGUUAAAUGACACCACUGAUCCAGAUAAAAAGCAGAUGCUGGAAAGAAUUCAGAAUGCAGUGAAGUCUGCUGUGGAACAUCUAGAAGAAGCUGUGCAAAAGAAACUUCCCGGAGAAGAGAUCAACAAACAUGCUGAGAAAUUGUUGGAAGAAGCAAAAGAUGUGCUGUCUGAGUGGCUAGACACCAAGUUUGGCAAUCAGGUGACUGACAACUCCAUAUUCUCUAACCUCCCCAAGUUCUGGGAAGAGGAGUAUCAUAAAGAUAUGGAAGCCCUCAAUGUGUUACCUCCUGAUGUCUUAACUCGGGUCAGCGAAUAUGUACCGGAAAUUGUGGCAUUUGUUCAAAAGAUUGUGGAUAAUGGUUAUGGUUAUGUAUCAAAUGGGUCUGUCUACUUUGAUACAAUGAAGUUUGAUGCCACUGAGAAACACUCCUAUGCUAAGUUGGUUCCUGAAGCUGUAGGUGAUCAGAAAGCUCUUCAGGAGGGUGAAGGUGACCUCAGUAUCUCAGCUGAUCGUUUGAGUGAGAAACGUUCCCCGAAUGAUUUUGCUUUGUGGAAAUCCUCCAAACCAGGAGAGCCUUCAUGGGACUCCCCUUGGGGAAAG